AUGCCUCCCAAACCACUCGCCUUGCCCACGAGGCUUCUCCAAGAAAUUGGUGCCCCAGAUCAAUCUGGUGCCUCUAGGUCUCCGCAGACAGACGUACGCAGGAACUACAACGGACCAGGGAAGGAAUCUGACGAGGGCGACAUUGAUAGUGCUAUUGUCAACGUCCAUGAGUUGUCUUCUAAGCGUAAUACCGCAAAUCCGGCCCUGAAAAAGCGCAAGCGAGAAGCUUCCGAAGAGAGCGAGCGCACCGAUACAUCAAACCAAAAGCCUGCGCCUAAACAACUAUCUCGUGCCAUUCGUGAGAAGCUGGCCAAGGAUGAUGCCGAAAUCGAGAAACUAGAGAGAAAGCUUGGGCUUAAAAAGGGUCGAAGAUCACUUCCAAAGGCUUUUAAGGAUGAUGGGCUAGACAACUUGCUAGGCGGCCUAGGUGACAAUAAUGACUCGGAUGAAGGAACCAGCCAGCAAAAAAACGAGGUCAAAGAGUGGCUUGCCAGAAAGCGAGGCAAAGCGACAGGUGGCCAAAUUGAGGUCACAGGCCAGCCUGACAGCGAAGACGUUGACGCAAUCAACGAUGUGGGUGACGACCUACUGGGUUCGGACGACGGCUUCAGUGACUUGGAAGAUGAGGACAAGAAGGUUAGGGUGGGGGGCCAAAGCAAUCACUACAACAAUGAUGAAGAUGGCGAUGAACUUAUCAGUUGUCUGAGCGACAGCGAUUCUUUGCAAAGUUUCAAGUCGGUUGUAGAGGGGGCAACAACAACCCCGAUACGGGCCCGGGAAAAUCCAUACCUACCACCAGUAAUUGUUGGUAGCCAAUCCUCCAAGUACAUCCCGCCAUCAAUGCGCGCCAGGUCUGGUGAUGAUGCCGACUUGGAGGCAAAGAUUCGCAAAAGGCUACAGGGUCCCGUCAACAGAGUUGCCGAGGCAAACAUGAUUUCUAUAGUAGGCGAAAUCGAGAAGGUGUAUCGUGACCAUCCGAGGGGUUAUACAAACAACAUCUUAACAGGCCUGUUAAUGGCGCAGAUCUGCGAUUCUACAAGCAAACCCGACACCCUACUGGUUCUGUCUGCUGGCUUCGUUGCGGCUAUAUAUAAAGUCAUCGGCAUAGACUUUGCAGCACACUUCCUGACAACGUCUGUGGAGCGGUUUCAGGAGGAGAGAAUCAUAGCGAUAGGGGCCGCCAAAGCACAACGAAUCCCCACCAAAGAGACAUCCAACUUAAUCACAGUUCUGGCGGAGAUGUACAUAUUCCGCGUCAUCAGCAGCAAUCUCAUGUUCGAUCUUGUACGACUCCUACUAGACGACCUCUCGGAACUGAAUGCAGAGCUUCUGCUGCGGAUCGUGCGUGUGGCUGGCCCCCAGUUACGCAAGGACGAUCCACUAGCACUCAAGGACAUUGUCAGCCUUAUUCGUCCUGCGGUCGCCAAGAUCGGCGAGGGCAACCUGACAAUCCGGACAAAAUUCAUGAUUGAAACUAUUAGUGACCUCAAAAACAACAAGUUGAAGGCAGGUGCACAGGACCUAGUCAUUCUGAACGAGCAUGUAACACGCAUGAGGAAACUGUUGGGUUCGCUUGACACGCAAAAGCUUAAGGCAACGGAACCUUUGCGAAUAGGAUUGAGGGAUAUCGAAAACGCUGACAAGACUGGCAAGUGGUGGCUGGUCGGGGCCAGCUGGGCCGGCUCAGGAGCUAAGCAAAGUGGUUCACAAGUGCUCACAACGUCUCUCGAGUCGGAUCAGGACGGCAGCAUCAAUAUCGACGAAAAUGUUGCUAUGAUCGCCGAUGUUGAUGAUCUGGUUGCUCCUGACUAUGCCCAGCUUGCAAGAGAGCAAGGCAUGAACACAGACGUUCGACGCGCCAUCUUUAUCGCACUUGUUGCAGCAGCUGAUUACCAGGACGCAUACAUGCGGAUCUUGAAGCUGCGGCUGAACAAGUACAAUCGGCGCGAGGUACCUAACGUACUUAUGCAGUGCUCUGGAGCACAGCAACACUAUAACCCUUACUACACACUUGUGGCAAAGAAGUUUUGCGGAGACUCGCGAAUCAAGUAUGCCUUUCAGGACACCAUCUGGACACUGUUCCGGAGACUAGGCGAGCCCUUGUUCGGAGAAGAACCAGAAGAAGAGGACGACGAGGCAGCAGAUGACCGUCGCCUCAUUAACACCGCCAAAAUGGUAGGAAGCCUUGUUGCCGAUGGCUCAGUAAGCCUUGGAAUCCUUAGGGCACUUAACCUUGCUUAUAUCAAGGAGACUACAAGUUUGUUUGUGGAAGUGAUGCUUAUUAGCGUUCUUCAGGAAUGCAGUCGGGCCAAGAACAAGACUUUGGAGCAGGCUCUGAGCGUGCCAUUUGGCAGUAGGCUAGCCCCCGAGCUGUCGCGGAGCAUCGGGUAUUUCGUCAGGAGAAGGGUGCGAGAUACCGACCUUGUUGAUGGUAAAAAAGACGCCAAGAAGGUUAGACAAGCUUGCAAGAUAGCUGAGGCCCUCCUUGCAAAGCCAGCACAUGAUAUCGUAUUGCCGGCCAUCAUUGCGCCCACUCAGCUUUCGAGAUGGAGUCGUACCUAUGCUUCCGCCUCUGAGGAAAAGGACUUGGUCAUCAUUGGUGGCGGUGUAGCUGGGUAUGUCGCCGCUAUUAAGGCUGGCCAGGAAGGCAUGAAGGCCCUUCUUAACAACUCUCACCUCUACCACACCAUCAAGCACGAUACCAAGAACCGCGGUAUUGACGUCGCGGACGUCAAGUUGAACCUGGAGCAGUUCAUGAAGGCCAAGGACACUGCUGUCGGAGGUCUGACUAAGGGUGUCGAGUUCCUCUUCAAGAAAAAUGGCGUCGAGUACAUCAAGGGUGCCGGGUCUUUUGUUAGUGAGAACGAGAUCAAGGUCGCGUUGAAUGAUGGUGGUGAAGCAUCCGUUCGUGGCAAGAAUAUCCUGAUCGCCACUGGUAGCGAGGCAACCCCCUUUCCUGGAUUGGAGAUCGAUGAGAAGCGCGUUGUGACCAGCACUGGAGCCUUGGCCCUCGACAAGAUUCCUGAGUCCCUGGUCGUCAUUGGCGGCGGUAUCAUUGGCCUGGAGAUGGCUUCUGUGUGGUCUCGCCUUGGGACUAAGGUGACCGUCGUUGAGUUUCUGAACCAGAUUGGUGGUCCGGGAAUGGACGCCGAGAUUUCCAAGAACGCCCAGAAGAUUCUGAAGAAGCAGGGAAUCAACUUCAAGACUAGCACUAAGGUCUUGAGCGGCGACAAGAGCGGCGACAAGGUGAAGCUAGAGAUCGACGCUGCCAAAGGCGGCAAGCCUGAAACUAUUGACGCCGAGGUUGUUUUGGUUGCAAUUGGGCGCAGGCCGUACACCGGAGGUCUUGGUCUUGAAAAUAUUGGUCUUGAACUGGACGAACGAGGACGGGUCAUUAUCGACUCUGAAUACCGUACCAAAAUACCCCACAUCCGCUGCGUGGGUGAUGCUACCUUCGGGCCCAUGUUGGCACACAAGGCUGAAGAGGAGGCUGUGGCCGUUGUCGAGUACAUAAAGAAAGGGUACGGCCACGUCAACUACGGAGUCAUCCCUUCUGUCAUGUACACCUAUCCAGAAGUCGCUUGGGUCGGCCAGAGCGAGCAGGACCUCAAGUCCCAGAACAUCCCUUACCGAACCGGUUCCUUUCCCUUUAGCGCCAACUCACGCGCUAAGACCAACAUGGACACAGAGGGUAUGGUCAAAAUGCUUGCCGAUCCAGAGACUGACAGGCUCUUGGGUGUCCACAUUAUUGGACCCAAUGCAGGUGAGAUGAUUGCGGAGGCAACAUUGGCCCUCGAGUACGGCGCGUCAAGUGAAGACAUUGCUCGCACAUGCCAUGCUCACCCUACCCUUGCUGAAGCAUUCAAGGAGGCUGCUAUGGCCACCUACUCAAAGCCAAUCCACAUGUAA